AAAUUUAGGUAAAAUUGUUUUACAAUAACUCUUAUGAUUAAGAACUUUAAUUUGUUAACUUAAUUGAACCAGAAAAUUAGAUUGAUUGUCGUAUCGUGUAAACUUUUAGCACGUGCAAGUAUGUGUGUACAAUACACAGACAUACACAAUUAAACAUAUUGACAACAACAAAGUAAAAACUAACUAACUGAAUAUAAUAAACUGCGAUUAACAAAAAUAUCUAUGCCAACAUCACCUGUUUACCACGAAAAGCAAACGAGGCAACUAUGUGCCUUACACGCACUCAACAAUCUCUUCCAAGGUGAUCAAUCCUACACUAAGGAAGAAUUGGACGAUAUUUGCUGCAAUCUGAGCCCAAAUGUUUGGAUAAAUCCACACCGUUCUGUGCUGGGACUUGGAAACUACGAUAUCAAUGUCAUUAUGACCGCGUUGCAGAGGCGAAACUGCGAAGCAAUUUGGUUUGAUAAGAGAAAAGACCCUUCGAUAAUUGACUUGGAUUCCAUUGUUGGCUUUAUACUGAACAUUCCAUCUGAUUAUAAAUUCGGAAUUAUAACACUGCCUUUGCGGAGACGGCAUUGGAUAGCUGUGCGUCGCAUCGAUGACCUUUACUACAACUUGGACUCCAAGUUGCAACAGCCGGAACUUCUUGGAAACGAGGCGGACAUGCUUCAAUUCCUACGGGAACAACUUUCCGAGGAGGGACAACAACGUGAGCUCUUUCUGGUACUUCAACGGAAAAGUGAGGAUGAUAAUGCUCAGCGUUGGAUAAAACAGUCUUCUGUUAAUGCCGUUUGACCAGGAUAAGGAUAAUGUUUAAAUUCUAGUCAAUAUAUUAUUUUUAACGCAUCAAUUACCCAAAUUUUCAAUGUACGUGUAUAAGUACCUAAUGAAAAUUUACUGUGUGACAGAGUAAACAAAAUUGGGUCAAUUUAAAUGUAAAUAGCAACGGUUAAAUUUUGUAUCUAAAGAGCUGACCUGAAGUCAAUUUCCAUCGAAAUUUUAAUCUAAGUACAGGUUUAAUUAGCCGUAAAACUUUUUGUAAUUUCAAUUAAUGUUUAAACCGCAAGAUCAAAUUGCUAUAUGGUGAAUGUUCAUGAUAUUGGGAAGCUUUGCAUGUGUAUAAUGAUAAUUGUUUGUUUAAAACCAGGGCGCCUUAAUCUGAUCCUAAGCAUCCACUAGUCAAACACAUGUUAAAACACAGUUUAUCCAAAUAUAUGUCGGUACAAGUA